AUGAAAAUUAUCCUGCUGGCAACGUUGGUGGCGGCGUGCUCGUGCGCCCGUCUGGACAACAACUAUCUGCCCCCACCGGGAGCGGCUUCUGCUGGUGGUGGCCCGGGACUGACGGCACCAUCGCCGGGUGGAGGUUCCCGACCGGGUGGUGCGGCUGGUGGUCCGGGAGGCUUCGGUGGUCCCGGUACGGCACCGGGCGGAGGAGGAUUUGGAGGUAGUGCACCGUCCGGUGCUGGAUUCGGUGGAGCUGGACCUAGCGCUGGAGGAUUCGGAGGUCAAGCACAACGACCGGGUGGAGUUGGUGGUGGUCCUGCGGCAGGUCGUCCAGGAACGCCUGCUCCUGCUUAUGGUCCUCCGUCCGGUGGAUUCGGUGGUGGUGCUCCGUCGGCCUUUGGCAGCGGUGCUGGAGCUCCCUCGGGUGGCUUCUCGUCUGGGGGAAGCGGAUUUGGAGGAGGAUCUCCAGGGGCUGCACCUGCCGGUCCAAGCCAACCGCCGAUCGAGAUCAUCUCCUAUGAGAACAUGAACAAUGGUGAUGGAACAUACAAAUACAGCUACGAAACGGCCAACGGUAUCAAGGUACAGGAACAGGGAGAUAUCAAGAACAAGGGCUCCGAGAACCAGAUCCCAAGCGUGACCGGUUCCUACUCGUAUACCGCCCCUGACGGACAGGUCAUCACCGUAACAUACAUCGCGGACGAGAACGGAUUCCAGCCUCAGGGUGACCAUCUGCCAACGCCACCACCAAUUCCGGAAGAAAUCCAAAAGGGACUUGACGCGAUCGCUGCUGCUCAAGCUGCCGGUGGUGGUGCUGCUGGCGGUCCAGGUGGCCCAAGUGGUGCAGGUGGAUAUCCUGGAGCGGCUGGCAAACCAUCCCAGGGCUAUCCUGGUUCGGUAACUGGAUCGGGUGGAUAUCCUUCCGGUGCAGGUGCACCAGGCGCAUCUGGACCAGGCGGCCGUCCAGGACAGGGUGGCUAUCCGAGCGGACCGGCCGGUGGAGCUGCUGGAUAUCCCGCCGCUGGUGGUCCUGCCGCACCCGGUGGUCCCGCUGGCUAUCCUUCCGGUGGUCCCGGAGCACCUGCUGCGCCACGUCCCAGCGCACCCGGAAGACCAUCAGGCAACGGGUCGUUUAAUCCGCAGUCCGGUUAUCAGUAUUAAAAUGCCACCAUUAUCACAUUAAGCCCGCAAACAUCAGAUGCACAAGUGCAUUUAAACAGAAAAGAAACAAAAAAAAGGAAA